UGUGUGUGUGUGUGAGUGUGUGAGUGUGUUUUUUCUCUCCCCCUCCCUGUCCUUUCGCUGUGAAGGUGCUGUUGAAGUUGCGCGGCGCCGCGGGGCAGCCUGUUUGAAUGUACAGCCUGAUGAUGGAGAGCGAGUUGCAUUCCCCCGGGCCGCAGAGUAACACGGGGCCGCCCGGGGUCGCCAGCAGCACCGGGCCCGCCGGCGGCGGGGGGGGGACCAACAGCAAAAUGAACGCGGAACGGGUGAAGCGGCCCAUGAACGCCUUCAUGGUGUGGUCCCGGGGCCAGCGCAGGAAGAUGGCGCAAGAGAACCCCAAGAUGCACAACUCCGAGAUCAGCAAACGCCUGGGCGCCGAGUGGAAACUCAUGUCAGAAGCCGAGAAGCGACCUUUCAUCGACGAGGCCAAGCGGCUGCGGGCGCUGCACAUGAAGGAGCAUCCGGAUUACAAAUACAGACCCCGGCGCAAGACCAAGACCCUGCUCAAGAAAGACAAGUACUCGCUGCCCGGGGGGCUGCUGGCCGCUGGUCCCGGCGGCAUGGGGAUGGGGGUGUCCGGGGUAAGCUCGGGCGUCGGCAUGGGACAGCGUCUGGACGGCCCGGGUGCUGGAGGCUACUCGCACAUCAACGGCUGGGCCAACAGCGCUUACCCGGGCUCGGCGGCGGCGGCGGCGGCCGCGGCCGCGGUCAUGAUGCAGGAGCAGCUCACGUACGGCCAGCACCCGGCGCUGGCGGCGGCGGGAGGCGGAGGGAGCGGCGCGGGCGGAGGAGGAGCCCACCACCAUCACCACCACCAUCACACCCCGCAGCAGAUGCACCGCUACGACGUGUCCUUACAGUACAGCCCGAUCUCCGGCUCGCAGGGCUACAUGACCGCGUCCCCGACCUACGGCAGCCUCUCCUCGGCUUACAGUCAACAGAGCUCCGCAGCGGGCGCCGGCAUCUCCCUGGGCUCCAUGGUCAAGUCGGAACCCAGCGCAAGUCCUCCAGUUGGCUCUCACUCUCGGGCUCCCUGUCCCGGGGACCUGAGGGAGAUGAUCAGUAUGUAUUUACCCACAGCAGAAGGGAGCGACCCAUCGCAAAGUAGACUUCAUGCCCUCCCUCAGCACUAUCAGAGCGCGGCCACGGGAGUCAAUGGUACAAUUCCAUUAACUCAUAUGUAAAGUAAUACUUUGGACAAUCAGUGGGGACUACUUUUUUGUACAGAGAUGUUUUGUUGUUCUUGUAAAAAAAAAGAGAGAGAGAGGUAAAGGUCACUGUAAUUACCUUCGUAGAAACUCUUCUGAGAAGUUACUAGUGCUCCAGCUGGUAUUCAUCUUAAAAUGACUUUAAAUGUUUUAUUACCAAGGUUUUUUUUGUACAGUAUUUAUCACUCAU